AAGUUCUAAGCUUGAUCCAUAGAUAGUGUCAUUCUGUGUGCUUUCUGAAAAUAUUUGGAGCUUCUUCAAUGGCGGAUCGUUAUCGAUGCAACCCAACAACAAUGUCGUAGGACACUGAGGCCGCCAAUGGCGCAUUUAAGAUCCAUCAUCGUGUUCUUUCUGCUCUUAUUUGCCUCUAACUCAAUUGGAAAAGAAGAACAAGACGAAGAGUUCUCAGAAGAAUUGCUUUUAAGACCAUUGCCCGAUCGGAAAGUGCUCGCCCAUUUCCACUUCGAUACCAGAGUUCCUCCGACUGACACCUAUGGCCACCACCACCAUCUCUUUCCCAAAGCCAUAUAUCAGCUGGUCCACAAGUUUCGAGUUCGGGAGAUGGAGUUGUCUUUUACACAAGGUCGAUGGAAUUAUGAGCGCUGGGGUGGAUAUGACCCCAUAUCAAGCAGCAAUGCAAAGCCUCCUGGAGUUGAAUUGUGGGCUGUCUUUGAUGUCCCUCAUCAUCAGAUCGAUGCUUCCUGGAAAAAUCUAACCCAUGCUCUUUCGGGUCUUUUUUGUGCUUCAAUCAACUUCCUAGAGUCUUCAACUACUUAUUCUGCCCCUGAAUGGGCCUUCCGGCCCGUUUCAGGCAAUUUAAGGUAUGGUACAUUGCCCCGUGAAGCUGUUUGCACUGAGAACCUAACUCCCUGGUUGAAGUUGCUUCCUUGCCGAGACAAAGCUGGGAUUUCUGCUUUGAUGGACAGACCAUCUAUCUACAGAGGAUACUACCAUUCUCAACGGCUGCAUUUGACCUCAAGUGAGUUUGAUUCAGUGAGCUCGAACUCUGGGAUAGUGCUUGAACAAACCCUUACAAUCGUUCUUCAACCAAGUACUAUGGGAACUGAUGUGACAUAUUCCAGCGGCCCAAUGUCACAACCAAGUUGGUCUCUUAGCUCUUUAUUUGGAAGGAAACUUGGUGGAAGAUGUGUACUUGCCAAAUCCAGUAAUGUGUAUGUGCAACUUGAGCAGCGAUUGGUCUCUGCAUUGACCGAGCUAUGUUAUAAGAAUGAAAGGUCUGUUGAUGAGAGUCUCUCCUUUGAAGUCUCUUGGAGUAACCCGGGCUUUGAAUUAUCAGUUUCCCCAGACUUGGUAUUUAAAGAAGUAUGCAACUUGAAUAAAGAGAGCCCAUCUAUUCUAUAUCAAUACUCGAUGGAGAAUUACAGUUACUCAAAGCCAUUUGAUUUGGGGUUCUGGUGGAAGUCUACUGUAGUUUGGUCAUGUCCAGAGGCACCAUUACAUGCUAGCAGGUUCUUAAUGGGAAGUGGAAAUGAGAGGGGUGCUAUAGCUAUUUCCUUGAAGCCUACUGUACGUGGUAAUAGUGUCCAAAGUGCUGAUAUUAAUGAAGGAUGUAGGCUGCGGGUUGAUGUUUUCCAAGUUGUGCCUUGGUAUGUGAAGGUAUAUUAUCAUACACUACAAGUGUAUGUAGAGGAACAUCUGCAAUCUGGAAAAGAUAUCAUAGAGAAGAUGCAUGUUUCUCCUUCUGAAGACAAGGUGUCCCCAGGACUCAUGGAAAUGACCUUGAGAUUUCCGUGUGGUGUGAGGUCAGCUGUAAUCACUAUAGAAUUUGAUAAGGGGUUUUUGCACAUUGAUGAAUAUCCUCCAGAUGCAAACCAGGGAUUUGACAUUCCAUCAGCUGUAGUAAGCUUUCCUGACAACCAAGCAAGCAUGCAUUUUGUCGAGGAUAACUCUUUAAACCAAACACCCCUGCUAUCCAAAUUACAGGAAAGAAGAACAGUUCUAUCUUACACAGAAGUACUGCUUGUGCCUUUGACAACACCUGAUUUUAGCAUGCCUUACAAUGUCAUCACAAUUACAUGCACAGUAUUUGCUUUAUAUUUUGGAUCACUGCUCAAUGUGUUGCGAAGGCGUGUUGGCGAGGAAGAAAGACUCUUAAAAAGCAAAGCUGCCAAGAAGACUGAUCGGUUACGCUUGAUGCUAUCCAAGUUGUUCGCUAAGCUGCGAGGGAAACCAUGGGAGCCACCGCCCUCGUCACAGUCUCAACCACUGUAUUCUUCAUCAUCUUUGAUAAGUUCCAAGCUAAUCAUUAAAGUUUUAUUAGUGGUGGCCCUUGCUGUUGGUUGGCAGUAUAUCCUGAAUGACACCUAGAGCAAGCUAGAAAGGAUCCACGGUCCAAGAAACUGAUUGGGACAUGCUGUAGAAAGGGCGGGUUAUAUGUGUUGGAGGAGUUUCAUGUCCUAGAUGCUGAUGCUGAUGCUGUCGCUUCUACUGUUGAUUUAUCUUCAUUUCAUUUAACUCCAGAGUCAUCUAAUUUUUAUUUAUGACAUUCUCGUCUUGAUCAUGUUUCUUAUUCUCGUUUAAAAUUUUUAGCUUCAACUGGUAGUUUGGAUAAUUUAGCAAGUCAUGAUAUUUCUAAUUGUAAUGGAUGCAAGUUGGCUAAAUUUAGUGUAUUACCAUUCAAUAAAAG